GUACAGCUUUUGCCGAGACGUUGGGCUUGCCCACCGGUUGGAACACCAGCAUAUCACUGAAUGAGAACACAACAGACACGACCACUGAGGGCCCCAGCCAGUUGCCCCGGGGUAUCCAGAACAUCCGUCCGCAUCUCAAGAAUGUGGAUGAUGUGCCCUUGCUGAUCCAGUUGUUCACAGACUGCACAGUAGAGGCCACGGGUGAGAUGAUAUCGAUAAUGCAGGAGCAUGGCGAGGUGGUGUGCUGCAUAGGAUCGUCCCUGCGCUCACAGAAUAUGUUGCUGUUCUCUCAGGCCGAUAUUAGUAU